AUAAUGUAGCCUUAAGUGCUAUAAAAUAAGGAUAAUCAAGAAAAACAAGAACAAAGUAAUACCAGUACUAAAAUAAAUACAGCAUACCAUCAGUAUUGGAAAUAAAAUUAUAUUCUUAAUAGUGGUAGAGAUACAGAAAACACUUGAAAUUAAAAGACAAGACUAAAAGCUAAGCUUAGUACAAACAGCAUGUUUUAAACAUGUUGAAAACACUCAUAUUGGAUGCCUUUUGAAUGUUUUUGGGAAUGAUAUUCCACAAUUUUGAAGCAUGGUAGAAAAAUACAAGUGAUCCUGAUGGAGCAUACACAGAACACACCGCUUGCUUGUCCACUUGCAGAAAAUGUUUAAAUAAACAGCAUGAUGUAGAAAAAAAUGUCGAAAGCUCCAGAACCGCUAGUAAACAGACAUUGGCAUCCCAAAGGUUUCAAGGGUCAAGGUAAAUUUUUAAGCCAUCAUGGAUGAGAACUCAGAGGGGGAAAAAAGACAACUACAAUUCCAUGACAACAGGGCAAACUCCAUCUUCAGUAGGUAGUUCAUGUCAUACAAUAGAAAGCUCCAGAACAGCUACUAAAAGGACCUUGUGGCGAGAGAUGGUCGGUCCCCGGCUGGAUUUAAAACGGGGACACUGCAGUCCAUGGUCGGGGGAUGAAACACUAUUCUUCCAAAUAAUAUUCCCUCAUUUGGUGUUUUGAUAGUGGUGAAGCGCACUGCCUAAUACAUUGGUCCAAAAUAGGUGUUCAGUUGGGUUGAGUUCUGGUGACUGUGAAGGCCACAGCAAUUGAUUCACAUCAUUUUCAUACUCCUCAAACCUUUCAGUGAGCCCCCAUGCCCUUAUGGAAGCAUCUGCGUUUGUUUACCAAAUCAUUUAUUCAAGUUUUCCCUUUAAUUUGUCGACCAUCUGGAUAUAAAAUAUGAAAUGUAGAUGAUUUAGUUGAGUCAUGGGUUUGAAUCUGGCCUGUCACCCCCUUCUAUCUUCCCCUCCACUGUUCAGUGAAGCAGAAUUGCCACAUAAAUAAAAUACAAGUAACAGGACAAAACAAGGUGGUUAGUUACACGCCAACUUCAUAGGUAAAGUUUUUAUAGAUAGUUUUGCUUUGCCAGCCAGUCACAUUCAGUGUUGGGACUGGAGGUUUGUUGUUGUGGUUAGGAUGGUGUCCUUCCAGAUAAAACGCCAAAGGAACAACAAAAGGACAGCUUCUUCUUCACUUUCUCUCUUCGUCUUCCUCCUGAGACUUCGCUCUCUUCAUCCACAUUUUUUCUCAGUGGGUUUGUUCAACUGAAAGCAGGACAACUGGCGGCUGAAAUGGGCGAAUGGGAUCUGCUGGGCCGCCUGCUGGAUAAAGUGCAGAGCCACUCCACAGUGAUCGGCAAGAUCUGGCUCACCGUGCUGUUUGUCUUCCGCAUCCUGGUCCUGCGCACCGGCGCUGAGAAGGUGUGGGGUGAUGAGCAAUCUGACUUUGUCUGCAACACUCAGCAGCCCGGCUGUGAGAACGUCUGCUACGACCUUGCCUUCCCCAUCUCUCAUGUUCGCUUUUGGGUCCUUCAGAUUAUUGCUGUAGCGACUCCGAAGCUGCUUUACCUCGGUCACGUCCUUCAUGUGAUCCACAUUGAGAAGAAGAUGAAGGAGAGGAUGAAGAAGCAGGCCGAGUUGGAUGACCAGGCCAGUCUGUUCCUCAGGAGAGCCUACAAAGUUCCCAAGUACACCAAGAGCACUGGCAAGAUCAGCAUCCGUGGCCGUCUCCUUCGCAGUUAUGUCCUCCAUCUUGUGGCCAAGAUUGUCCUGGAAGUUUUGUUUAUCGUGGGUCAGUACUUCCUUUACGGUUUCACCCUCCAGACUCGCUAUGUCUGCACCAGCUUCCCUUGCCCUCACAAGGUGGACUGCUUCCUGUCCAGGCCUACAGAGAAGUCGGUCAUCAUUUGGUUCAUGCUGGUGGCAGCAUUUGUCUCCCUCGUCCUCUGCCUGGUUGAGAUGUUCUAUCUGUGUGUGAAAGCUGUGAAGGAGUGCAUGGCGAGGAGGCAGGACUACACCGUGACGCCAGUGACGCCUCCACUUUCGGAAAGGAAAGCUUUUAAAAGCCGCGACCAGAUGAUUCAAAAUUGUGUCAACCUGGAGCUGGAACUCCAAGGACGAAAGUUUGGGGGAAACGGAGUAACAGGCGGGGUCAUCGAGGCUGCUAAGAAUGUACCGUUUGAGAACAACAUGGGGGAGGUCCACAUCUGAAGCAUAGAGGCUGUGAUAGGUUGUACGUGUCCAAUUCUCCUGAGUUCCAGUAUUUGUGUGUUGGCUUUGGGGAGGAAAGGGGUGUGUGUGUGCACUAAAUAAAGAUGGAGGGAGGGGAGUAGCCAGAUUCUGUAAACAGGACUCCAAAUGUUACUUAAAAUGACUUCAAGUGGCACAAUACAAAAAUAACAAACCAUGUUUUCCCAUCAUUUUAAAACACUGUAGAUUAUUUUUUGAAAGAUUUUGCAAAGGGUACUUUCUUGGAAUGAUUUUAGACAAUGUUGUUACAAUUUUGAUUCAAUAAACUUCUCAUAUUCAGAUUCAGACUGGAUCUUUA